AUCACUUGUGCAAAUUCAAACAAAUAUGAUCAAGUAUUGCUGAAAACUUGUACCAAAUUGCAAUUCGGUUAAUUGGUUGUACACUCCAUUAUAUUUUUAUUCUUUAUUUAGAACAAAAUCGGGUGUCAAUGUGUCAUAUCAUUUAUCAAAAUAAGGGGAUGUGGCUCCUUAUCAAAAAAAAAAAUAAUAAUAAUAAUAAGGGGAUAUGGCUCGACUGUCGAGACAAGAGGAUUUUUGUCUUUUAAUGAAAAAAAAAAAUGGAACAAAAAGCAUCUAAUUUCUUCCUCUCCUUCCUACCAAAAGGAAGAAAGAACAAUCCAUCUAUCCAUUUCUUUAACCAUUUUAAUGUAUUUCUUCUUUUCUUUCCAGAAUCGUAUUUCAAUUUUCAAAUUCCAACACGGUGACCGUCAAUAAACGGCGUUAACGGCGACACGGGACUCGGGAGGCGGCACAUUUUGCAAGCACUACUAUAAAAUCCAAAUAACAGAAACAAACACCCGACUCCAGCCUAAAGAAAGCCAUUACAUUAGAGACCAGGCCGGUGAAGAAACGAAAGAGCUCCCUCCUCGAUUAAGGCAGACGAGACCCAGAACUGUGAGUAAGUCACAUAAUCCGCCAUUUUCUCAACUCUCCAUUCCUUCGCGUAAUGUACCUUCAAUUUGGAUCCUUCCUAUCCACAUCUUCUGAUUGUCUUCUCACGGCACCAUGAUCUUACUGCCGGUUGAUUUCUUUGUUUUGGCUUGGUUGCUUUGGAAUGUGGAUUUGACGGGGAAUGGUGUUAGUGAAAAUGUGGGUUGAGAAACAGUCGAGAAUCGGGGAGUCUGUUUGAAGUUGGUGUAAUUGUGUUUUGCCCCCUUCUUUUACUCCUUCGACGUAAUGCUUCUUGGCUUUCAUUUUAAUGGCGAUCGAGCCUUUCGACUCUUUUAUACCUUUUUUUUUUUUUUUUGUGGUUUGAGAGUUGGAACUGAAACAGCCUACAGUAUGCUAUUAGGUGAAGCUAUGGACAGAAAUUGCAUGUCUAUGCUGAAACUUAACUGUGGCGUGACUUCUGUGUUUUUGUUCUUCAAGGAGAGAGAGAACUUCAACCUAGGAAUAACUAGCAUGGGAUUUUGCUGCAGGAACAUGUUAGCUAUAUUCAAAUCAAUAAUAAUGCUGAUUUUCUGUUUCUGCUGGUUGUAGGCAAUGGGGGUAGAAGUUAUGGAUAUCUGCAUCGACAAGGAGCAUGAUUUUGCAAUAGCUUAUCAGAAUGGGACUUCCCAUGACCCAGAUCAACCUGUUGUGCUAAAUCAUGAUCAUGUCCAUGAAUCCUAUGAGCCGAUCAGCGUUGAUGCUGAACAACAGAGUGCAGAAGGGAGCAUUGAGUCGAAGGAGUACGAAGUGAAAGAAUGCACAACUGAAAUUGUGGUUGAGACUAUUGAGUUUUCCCUUGCUGAACAAUGUAAGGAGGACCAGUCUGCUGUAAAUUCAUCAUCUGAGGACGGUUUAGAUGAGAAAGUUAAAUCAGGAACCAAGGCGUCGAAGGAUGAGAACAAGUCGCAUAGGUCACCCAAGAAACAUGCAGCAAAGCAUGGAGUUGCUCGAACAAAACACACUGUUCCACAACCAUUUGCCCUAGCAACUGAAAAGCGUGCAUCAUCCGGAACUCAUCCUUCUGCAAAGGCUGGUCCAAAUAAAAAAACUAAAGGAAACAAUGUGCUACGUCCAAAUACGGCGAAACAGAAUCAGCCUCUUCCAGUGACUAGAAGGCCAUUACAACCGAAGAACAAGAAGCAUCCCGGAGAAGAAGAUUCAUGUUCUGUCACUAGCUCUACUGGAGCUUCUGUGCAGACAAUGAAGACACAUUCAAUUAUUGCUUCCGCUCCAAAAUUCAGAUCUAGCCAACGUGCUGAGAAACGAAAGGAGUUUUACUCAAAAUUAGAGGAGAAACAGCAAGCUCUGGAGGCUGAGAAGACCCAAAACGAAGCAAGGACAAAGGAAGAGAUGGAGGCAGCUAUUAAGCAAUUAAGAAAGAGUUUAACAUUCAAGGCGAACCCAAUGCCAAGUUUCUAUCAUGAAGGUCCACCCCAAAAGACUGAGCUGAAAAAGGUACCAACAACUCGUGCAAAAUCACCUAAGUUGGGUAGAAAAAAGAGCACUAGUGAUGCAACUGCUCCAUCGCAUACAAACAAGAGCGAAGCAGCAUUGAAUCAGGGAGUUCCUCAGGAAAAGGCAAUUGAAGCUGUUCCAUUCCUUAAUCCAAAUGGACACAGCCAUACAGAAAUUGGCAUAGAAUGUUAAUCAUAGGGUGAAUUUCCUUAAUUUAUGAGGCGACUGGGGCUCAUGUUCUCAUUAUGUUCCAAACAAUUUGCUUGUUCAUAUGUUUGUUUCCUGUUUUUUUUUUUUUUUUACUUUUCUCUUUCCCCGGUUCAAGAUCAGUGUAAUGGCCUUGUUGUUGUCUAAUAGUUUUCUGUAAUUUAUGGAAGUGUAAAUCUAUGUUAAGUUAAUGACUAUCUAUACAAAGAGAAUCAUCAAUCUUUGGUUUUUCCAAUAAACUUCUUGUACUGUUUUUGUUCCCAGCUCUCAUGCACCAUGAAUUUGUACAAAAUAAAAAAGCAGAGAAAUUGGGUUGGUAAACAGUAUGUUCAUUGUAUUGUUUCUGAAGCAAUGAUGAAUGAGGUGGUAAAGAAGAAGAGGGGGAGGACAGGAGGGGCCUGAUCUUUUGUUCAUAUGCUUUUCUCCGGCUGGGAAAACUGGAUGGGUUUGCUUAAAUUCCCCUGUUUUGCUCAAUAAUGGCAAUUGUCAUCAUAGUUAAAGAACAAAGCUCUUGCAAAUUACAAUGCCAAAAGAGAUUGAAGAUUUUAAGUGCUUUUUGGUUUGUUUGGGUUUUACAGUUGCGAAAAUGGGCUAGGUUAUUACAAACAUGGUUUGUUUGGGUUCUACCAAAUUUUCUUGUUUAACUUGAUCAAAAGGACUAGCACUUGAAAACAUUGAAACCUUGGUACAACUUUUCAACUUUGAACAAGCCUCAUUGGUGCUAGAUUUUAAUACCCAUUACACCAUACGAGAGACGUGCUUCAAGUUUGGUUACUCACGAGUUCUUGCUUCAUAGUUACUGAUCUUCUUAAAGCUUUGUUGUGCAUGUCGAGACAUGAUGAACCAGGCUUUGAUUCGUUGAGUUAGUAGCCCUACUUUAGAAUUGCUUUCGCAGAUGCCAACAGUAAUUCCAAUUUCACUCCAUUCUUCAAAUUAGACCACCCACUAUGGGAGGUGGGAAGAAGCAAAAAAGGGUCUUUUGCAAAUGGGGGCUCACAAUGGGGGUUGAAAAAGGCGGAAAGAAGGAUUUUUUGGGUGAGUUUUAACAGGAGUUAAUUGCACCUAGAUGUAAAUAUUAACGGAAGGGUAGAUAUGAUAUUAUGGUUAAUGUAGGAGUGCAAGUUUGACGUAAAAUAUAGUCAAAGGGCAUAUUUGAGAAAACACCAUAGUACAGGGGCAAUUUAUACUAUUCACGUAGUAUUAAACAUACGGUUAGUAUAGUGAUUAAGUAAAAUAUCCGUACGUAUUUUAUCUGUAACUUACCCGUACCGUCUUUACUAACUAUGUUCGUAAUUAGGAGGCUAACGGCUGAACUCAGUUACUUGCUCAUUACGGACACACGCUAUUUAAUUUGAAAGAACUAAACCGCGCGACACCUGUCACCAUAUGCAGUAAUUAGUUAAUAUUUAUUUUUUUACAAUUCAUUCUAGUUUUCUGUUGUUUAUAUGUUUUUUUUCCUUCAUAUCUUUGAAAAAAAUUGUACUUCUUAUUGUCGGAUAUGAAUUCGGAUUGGAAGGAAAUAUAUGUCAUUUAGAAUUGGUAGGAAUCGAAGAUGUAAAGAGAGCAUAAUGUGGUCGACGCUUAUUAUAUAAGCUAAAAAAUAUAAAUAAUAUAUUUUUGGAAGAAGGUAUAUAAGAAAACAAGAGAAUAAUGAAUAAGUUAUGUAUAUAAAUAUCAAAUAUUAAACAUGGAAGAAAAUACUAUUUAUUGUAUAAAUUAUUAUAAUUUAGUUAAUAGGCUUGUUUAAAUAAUAAGUGGGGGAUGUUAAGUGUUAAAUACUAAUGCAAAUACAAUACUUAAGAAAAUCCAAACAUUAUUAAACCAUAAAUUCUACCAAUACAAUCUUUGACUUUUCAUAUGGACUUAAUAGCACAAAUUGCCACUCUAUUUAAUUCAUUAAAUACAUAUAUUAAACAUUUUAUACGAUUUUUAUGCGUGUUUAGUACAAGAACUAUCAAAUGAAUGGUGAAAAAUGAA